GCUGUAUCUGCCGCUGCCUGUCUCAUCUCGCAGCCGGCCUUGGAGGAGCACAGAGGCCGGGCGCGUGCUGCGCAGCCGGCCGGCGACGCGCGUACAGCACACGGCGGCGCAGCGUGUGGCGCCAUGAGAUCUGCUGCUGCGCCAAGCUGCGCCGCGCCAAGGCCUCACAAGGCCGCUGCUCCACACGACAUCUACGCCGCACCCGCCACCCCCACCUGCGACAUCACCCGCGCAGCCUCACUUUGCUCGCGCCUCUCCACGCACGAUGGCCGCCAGCAGCAGCAGCAGCGCCGCCGCAGGCCCCACCGACGCAUCGCUCCUCUUCCUCGGCCAGCAGUGCGCGCUGGCGGCGUGCCGGCAGAACGACUUUCUGCCGCUGCGCUGUCCCUUCUGCACGCGCCACUUCUGCGCCAGCCAUGCGCGCGCCGACGAGCAUGCGUGCGCCCACGCCGACGACGCCGACGUGCGCCGGCCGACGUGCGGGCGCUGUGGGCGCGCGAUGAAGUGGCAGCGCGGCGAGGCCGUGCAGGAGACGGUGCGCCGCCACCUCGCCGGCGGGCCGGCCAGCGAGUGUGCGCGCGGCGAGCAGCAGGCGCCCAAGGCCGAGGUGUGCCACUGCAGAGGCUGCACGAAGCGUCUCGUCGUCAAGAUCACAUGUCCGGCAUGUCAUCACAACUUCUGCCCCUCGCAUCGCGCACCGCAGUCGCACACCUGUGCCGCACCUGCCCCUGCCGCUGCGGCGUCAGGCGCUGCAAGUGCGCGGCAGGGCAAGCCGCUCGCGGCCACGUCUCGCCUGCUCCGGCCGAACGCAUCGAGCGCUGCGGACAAGCCGCCAUCAGAGAGCAAGGCCAGCGCCCCGUCGAAGCCGGCUGCGCUGCAGGAGGUGCGCGCAGACAUGCAGGCCGGCGUGCGGUCGGUCGGCAAGACACUGGGCGUGCAGAGCAAGGGCGACAAACGAGCAGCGUCGGAGCAGGCGUCCAUGCUGCAGGCACUGCAGACGCGGCAGCGGCUCGGCGUCCUCUCGAAGGCGGAGGAGGUGCGCCUCGCCGAGCUUGUGGCGCUGCGCGAGGGCGCCCGGCGGCGCGGCACCAAGGAGGGCAAGGACUGCUGCAUCUGCUAAUACCAUUAGACUGUCACCGGC